AAUUUAUCUUUAUGUAGAAUAAGAUUUUGAUUAUUAAUUAAUUUAAGAAUUAUUUCUUUUAUUUUUGGUUUAAUAUUUAUUAAUCAUGAUUAUUCAAUUUUUUUAGAAUGAGAGUUAAUUUCUUUAAAUAGAAUUAGAGUUGUAAUAACUUUUUUAUUUGAUUGAAUAAGAUUAAUUUUUAUAUCUUUUGUUUUAUUAAUUUCGUCUUUAGUAAUUUAUUAUAGAAAAGAGUAUAUAGCAGGAGAUAUAAAUAUUAAUCGAUUUAUUUUAUUAGUUUUGUUAUUUGUUAUAUCAAUAAUAUUUUUAAUUAUUUCUCCAAAUUUAGUUAGAAUUUUAUUAGGAUGGGAUGGUUUAGGAUUAGUGUCUUAUUUAUUAGUAAUUUAUUUUCAAAAUGUAAAAUCUUAUAAUGCGGGGAUAUUAACUGUUUUAUCAAAUCGUAUUGGAGAUGUUGCUUUAUUAUUAGCAAUUGCUUGAAUAUUAAAUUAUGGAUCUCGAAAUUACAUUUUUUUAUUAAAAUUUAAUGUUUCAGAUAUAAAUAUAUUGAUUAUUGGGGUAUUAAUUGUAUUAGCUGCAAUAACUAAAAGAGCUCAAAUUCCAUUUUCAGCUUGAUUACCUGCAGCAAUAGCAGCUCCUACUCCUGUAUCAGCUUUGGUGCAUUCAUCUACUCUUGUUACUGCUGGAGUUUAUUUAUUAAUUCGGUUUAAUUUAUUAGUUGGGGGCACAAUUAUAGGACAAGGAUUGUUAUUAAUUUCAGGAUUGACAAUAUUUAUAUCAGCGUUAGGAGCUAAUUUUGAAUUUGAUUUAAAAAAAAUUAUUGCAUUAUCUACUUUAAGUCAAUUGGGGUUAAUAAUGAGAAUUUUAUCUAUAGGAUUUUAUAAAUUAGCUUUUUUUUCAUUUAUUAACUCAUGCUUUAUUUAAAGCAUUAUUGUUUAUGUGUGCUGGGGCUAUUAUUCAUAAUAUAAAUAAUUUGCAAGAUAUUCGUUUAAUAGGAGGAUUAAGAAGUUAUAUACCUUUUACAUGUAGAUGUUUUAAUGUUGCUAAUUUAGCUUUAUGUGGAAUACCUUUUUUGGCUGGAUUUUAUUCUAAAGAUAUAAUUUUAGA